AUGAUCCCAGAGCAAUCAUUGUCCUUCAUUAUGAACCGUCCCCUUUACACCAUCAAAGAAGCAGAUCCGGUGGACCUCUGCAGAUGGGCCGCUGAAGAGUUCAGACAGUUCCGGACAGCCAGAGCCCUUGCUAAAGACGUUGCCAGCUUUGCUAAAGAUAGGAGCUUUCGUAGGGAUAAACCCACGACUUCUCAACCUGUGAGAUCAAAUCCAGGUCUUGCUCCUCCUGUGAAAGGAAAUGACAACGUCAAAGGUAGUGAACAAACCCACAGAAAGCCAGGUCCAAGUCAGAAGCUACGUUACCCCUGUGCUUUUUGCCAGGAAGACCAUCGCACUGCCACUUGCCGAGCGAACGUGGAUCUACAAACGAGGAAAUCCCGUGCCACGGCUGCCGGAUUAUGCAAUACGUGCCUAAGAAGGAAGCACGAUGGGAAGUGCAAUCUAUUCCCAUGUCGACGGUGCUCUCAGCUUCAUCACUCUGUCUUUUGCCAUCUGCCGGCUCCGCCAGAAAAUCAAGGUGAAGAGAGAAAACAAAUGCAAAAGCCGUCACAACCAGGUGCAUACAUAACGCUUGGAGGGGAUCCAGUCAUCAUGCCGACCCAUCGGAAGAGCAUGCUUCCCACUUUACAAGCCAAACUUAAGGCUAAGACAAAUACCUCAAAACCCGUAGAGCUAUUGGUAGCGCUCGACUCGCAUGCGCAUUUCAACUUCAUCACAACCGACGCAGCUAAGAAGCUCGGCUUGAGGUUAUCCGAUCCAAUCACCACAACAAUCCACGGCUUUGGGGCGAACACCACCACAAGAGCCAUGUGCGUUACAGAAGCGUUCGUUGAAUUGAACGACGGUUCCCUACACCCCGUAACGCUGUGGGUGACAGAUCAGUUUAUUAAACCAUAUCCAGUCCUAAACGGUUUACCACAAACAGAGGAAAGCUUGCUACGAUUCAAGCUGCCGAACCCAAUUCCAUUAAAAGAACCAGACGUUCUCUUCGGUAUAAACGAGGUGACCGAGUUCCAGACCACUUUCACGACAUUGACGCAUCCGUCAAACCUGCGGGUGGUUCGCUCAAGAAUUGGUCUGACGCUUAGCGGAACGAUAAUUUCCCCGUUUCCCUCAGAGAUCACGGCUCUUUUGACAUUAGUCGAAACCCCUCCUGACAUGGAUGUAGAAGACGCUUGGUUUAAUCAGCUCUGUUCUGUUCAACACUUGGGAAUUCAUGAGAAGGACUUUUUUCACACAGAAGAGGACGAAGUAGUAAAAAAAUUCCAUCAGACCAUGAAGAGGGAUAGUGAAGGCCGCUUCCAGGUUUACUAUCCGAUCAAGGAUUCCAUAAGGGAACUACAGUCUCAUUUCUCCGUCGCACUGGCACGGCUUAAAUCGUUCCAACAAAAAAUGGUGAAACAUCCGGAAAUUUGGAAAACCAUAUUAGAAACGGUGCACAGCAUUCCGAACUUUUUUCGCCGCCGAUCGGUGUCCAAAAAAAUGAAAAAUUAA